AUGAACACCUUUGCCCACUUUGAGGAUAAGACAGUGCCGCCGACACGGGCCGCUCCUGAGGACUGUGAACUCUCGUUCUCAGUGGCCGACCUGAACAAUGUGGCAUUGAGACGAGUGGCUGCUCAGUCUUCCCUUUUCUCUUGGGAAAAUAGUCCAAGUAAAGUCAUCGAUGGAAACCGCAACUCUAACUAUAACUAUGGUGGAUCCUGCAGCAGCACUGCAUUUAACACCAACCCCUGGUGGAGAGUGGACCUGCUGGAUCUGUACAGAGUGACAGCUGUCACCAUCACCAACAGAGGAGACUGCUGUCCUAAGAGGCUUGAUGGUGCUGAGAUCCGCAUCGGUAACUCACUGGAGAACAACGGCAUCAACAACCCCAGGUGUGUUGUCAUCCACCACAUCCCAGCAGGAGAGACCUAUACCUUCCAGUGUAAUGAGAUGGAGGGUCAGUAUGUUGUUGUGGUCAUCCCUGGACAGAACAAGAUUCUCACUCUGUGUGAGGUGGAAGUAUUUGCCACAGUCAAACCUCCAGCCCCCAAGUCAAAGAGAACGGUGGUGAGGAUGAAGAUCCAAUCAGAUGCUGAUCUGACAAACCAGGCAGUCGGUGACCAGCUACUACAGCAGCUGCAUGUAGAGCUCGUGAAGCAGGGGGUGUCAGACUUUCAACUGCGCUGGAGGACUCAGCCAGAUGGACAGAUUUUCCACCAUGAGGAAGAUGAGAAGGAGGGUGGACCCACACAGACAGACAAUGUGGCAUUGAGACGAGUGGCUGCUCAGUCUUCCCUUUUCUCUUGGGAAAAUAGUCCAAGUAAAGUCAUCGAUGGAAACCGCAACUCUAACUAUAACUAUGGUGGAUCCUGCAGCAGCACUGCAUUUAACACCAACCCCUGGUGGAGAGUGGACCUGCUGGAUCUGUACAGAGUGACAGCUGUCACCAUCACCAACAGAGGAGACUGCUGUCCUAAGAGGCUUGAUGGUGCUGAGAUCCGCAUCGGUAACUCACUGGAGAACAACGGCAUCAACAACCCCAGGUGUGUUGUCAUCCACCACAUCCCAGCAGGAGAGACCUAUACCUUCCAGUGUAAUGAGAUGGAGGGUCAGUAUGUUGUUGUGGUCAUCCCUGGACAGAACAAGAUUCUCACUCUGUGUGAGGUGGAAGUAUUUGCCACAGUCAAACCUCCAGCCCCCAAGUCAAAGAGAACGGUGGUGAGGAUGAAGAUCCAAUCAGAUGCUGAUCUGACAAACCAGGCAGUCGGUGACCAGCUACUACAGCAGCUGCAUGUAGAGCUCGUGAAGCAGGGGGUGUCAGACUUUCAACUGCGCUGGAGGACUCAGCCAGAUGGACAGAUUUUCCACCAUGAGGAAGAUGAGAAGGAGGGUGGACCCACACAGACAGACAAUGUGGCAUUGAGACGAGUGGCUGCUCAGUCUUCCCUUUUCUCUUGGGAAAAUAGUCCAAGUAAAGUCAUCGAUGGAAACCGCAACUCUAACUAUAACUAUGGUGGAUCCUGCAGCAGCACUGCAUUUAACACCAACCCCUGGUGGAGAGUGGACCUGCUGGAUCUGUACAGAGUGACAGCUGUCACCAUCACCAACAGAGGAGACUGCUGUCCUAAGAGGCUUGAUGGUGCUGAGAUCCGCAUCGGUAACUCACUGGAGAACAACGGCAUCAACAACCCCAGGUGUGUUGUCAUCCACCACAUCCCAGCAGGAGAGACCUAUACCUUCCAGUGUAAUGAGAUGGAGGGUCAGUAUGUUGUUGUGGUCAUCCCUGGACAGAACAAGAUUCUCACUCUGUGUGAGGUGGAAGUAUUUGCCACAGUCAAACCUCCAGCCCCCAAGUCAAAGAGAACGGUGGUGAGGAUGAAGAUCCAAUCAGAUGCUGAUCUGACAAACCAGGCAGUCGGUGACCAGCUACUACAGCAGCUGCAUGUAGAGCUCGUGAAGCAGGGGGUGUCAGACUUUCAACUGCGCUGGAGGACUCAGCCAGAUGGACAGAUUUUCCACCAUGAGGAAGAUGAGAAGGAGGGUGGACCCACACAGACAGACAAUGUGGCAUUGAGACGAGUGGCUGCUCAGUCUUCCCUUUUCUCUUGGGAAAAUAGUCCAAGUAAAGUCAUCGAUGGAAACCGCAACUCUAACUAUAACUAUGGUGGAUCCUGCAGCAGCACUGCAUUUAACACCAACCCCUGGUGGAGAGUGGACCUGCUGGAUCUGUACAGAGUGACAGCUGUCACCAUCACCAACAGAGGAGACUGCUGUCCUAAGAGGCUUGAUGGUGCUGAGAUCCGCAUCGGUAACUCACUGGAGAACAACGGCAUCAACAACCCCAGGUGUGUUGUCAUCCACCACAUCCCAGCAGGAGAGACCUAUACCUUCCAGUGUAAUGAGAUGGAGGGUCAGUAUGUUGUUGUGGUCAUCCCUGGACAGAACAAGAUUCUCACUCUGUGUGAGGUGGAAGUAUUUGCCACAGUCAAACCUCCAGCUUACUAA